AGAACAAUCAAAAUCAAUUCUAUCCUCAGACUUCCUCGUACCCAAUUACUACCGCCACUCAUCAUGUCUCUCCUUGCUGUGGAAUCUCACAAUAACAUUACGAGGUCUACAUCGAAUGUCUUCGCCUUUGUCUCCUCUCCCUCGAAUUGGGCGGGUCUACACCCAGGCAGCAAAAAGAUUAUUGGCGAAGGCGUCACAGGCUCAGCAGCAGUCGGCACACGCUUCGUCGAAGUUAUCGACGAUGACAACGGAAACGUCUUCGACGCUAGCUGGAUGAUUAUUCGCUCUAUCAACGAUGAACUUUUCCAGUUCCAGUUUCCCUCGGAUUUCGCACGCGGACCGUUCCAGGAGAUUGUCAUUACGUAUAACGUUACGCCGGAAGCGGAUGGGUCUAUGGCUUUUACGCGCAGAAUGGCCAGUUGGAUAAGGCCAGGGAUAGAUGCAGAGAAGCUCAUAAGCUUUUCAAAGAACGAUAUGCAUAAUCAGUAUAUGGCAAAUGUAAAGGCUAAGGUUGAGAGACGUUAAAGUUAUAGUUACCUGUUAGACAGAAGAUCUCAGGAGGGUUAACC